CGGUAUCAAGCCAAAAAGACGUUCCACGCAUAAACAAGUGCUCAUCUGAUAACGGUCAUGCAUCUCAUCAGACGACGAAUUAGAGCUCGGCGAUUAUAGCUUUCGAGUUGUCAACACUGAAUUCUGCAGUUGUUGCGUACAGAAAAGAUUUGUUUCUAUCUAUCUCGAUUUUGUCUGCAUAAUAUGCAAUUUUAAAAUUAAUGCUUUGCAAUCUGCUAUGGUGAUAGUAUCUGACCAAAAUACGGACGGUGUCUUGGGUAAAACGAAUCUGGCGGAAUUGGUUGCAACCAACUAAAGUUAUCCUUUUGCUACGGUGUUCCAUGGAAUUGUAAUGACACUGACACCGUUUAGCACCGGACACAAGGCUGCAGCUAAAAGUAAUAACCGGUAUGGCAUGCCACUCUGCAACAUGGACUCUACCAAUUGAAAUCGUCAGCAGUUUAUGCCAAAGUGAUUUCACACCCGAUUUGCCAGCGCUUGGAUGACUAGACGUGGUCUUGGACGCUCACACAGCAGUGCAAUCAUUUUAACAGUAGACCAAGAAAAGUCUUGAUCGGCGCUUUACGAUGGCGAACAUAAUCAAGUUUAUUGCACUGCUAAACGUUUUGUUGUAUGCAGCACACAAGAAGUCGGGUAUACAUGUCCGGGCCCAAGAUGAGCCACCUGCAGAUGCGUCGACAAACACAAUGUCUGCAACACCAACAUCUUCAGACACGGGGACAGAUAGCCCACCAGAUCAACACGAUUGGUUGACAACGAUUGAAUUUGCUGGUACAUCAGUUGGUCUCUGCACCGAACGUCACCUUUGCAGCAGCCUUGGUUGUGGCUUCCAGUCGUAUUUUUCCCCCAAUAGUACAGCCGGCGCGCUGUGCCAAUGCGAUCCGGUCUGCACCUUUUUUAACGACUGCUGCGUGGACUACGAAGAUACUUGCAUGUCGUCAGUGGCCAAUGAGGAAAGACCGGCCUCUCAACGUUUGCAUGUAUCAAGUUUAACUCUUACAGAUUUCACCUGCUACUUCGAGAGUUCCAGGAAGCUUGAGGGAUAUUACGUCAUCUCUGCCUGUCCCCAUGACUACCCAACUGUCAACGAUUACGUCAGGCAACGGUGCGAGCAGGGAGACAGUGACGAUUUCCUGACAGGACUCCCAGUUUGCGGCGUGAAGAACGACUUUCCGUACAGCAAUGUGUAUUGCGCCCUCUCCUGGCAGGAAGCUACGUCCGAUCUGGAACCGUGGACAGUAACCGUGGAUUGCUGGGAUAAGUUUGUUAAGGACCAGGCCUUUCGUCUCUUGUCCAAUUCCACCUCUAGGGAGACCCUGGAAACGAUCAGGGAUGAGUUGGGGUGCAGUUUGCUGCGUCAGCCUCCAGAGAGCGCUGGCUCCGUUCUUAGGUUGUGCCAUUACAACCUGAUAGCGGAGUGCCCCGUUGGUCACCCACUGGCACAGGCAUGCACUUCCUACACAGCUCUGAGUGCAACUAACUACUACCUGACUGGCAUAACUCUUUACAAAAACCCGCACUGUGUCAUCUGUAAUGAAGAGGAAAGAAUACUCAAAACGGACUGCUCACUUCACUACCCCACACUGGUGACUACUAGGGACGACCCGAGGCCCCCCAUACCUCCCGCACCCGCACCCGACAAUCCAGGACCGCCACCGAUUUCGAUCGUCUUCGAUUUCCGAUCCGGAGGCAAUGUCAAAGUUUUGAGUCAAGACAGCGUGGUGGUCGAGGAGGUCCAAGUCACCUGCUCAACGAACGAAGUGUACGACCCGUUUCUUUCCCGAUGCCGCAAGCUGAGCUGCGCAGAUGGAUAUGUCCUGGAAGGGGAACGAUGCAUUCGGUUGUUGACUAUCCCGCAUGGGCAGGAAAUGGUAGCCUACGUACAUGUUUCCGUCUGCACGGAACCUCUGUCCUCCAUAGAUAUUCUUGAGGAAAUUAUUAAGGGUUGUCUUGUGGAACUUGCCAACGUUAAUGCAAGUCAGUUUCAACCUUCAACGAUAGAGUCUGCAUUGGCCACAUCAGGUAACUGCCCUGAGCAGCUGGGGAAGAGACACGUGUUUGCAUCCAUGGUCCAAUUCGACCGGGAAACUUUCCUAGCAUUUCAUCUUCAGCUGCUGGCAACUGAAGGCCAAACCUUUUGUCCUGAAUAUCUCCAGCCGACACCGAACACAUAUGUGGAAGUGAUAUACCACGAUGCGAGCUUAGCACUGGCAAGAUGCACAGGGAGGUGGGAGAAUGCGAGUGUCGACGAUUCGCCAAUCAACGGGAACCUGACAAUUCAGCGGGAAACACUGAAGCUGCAAGAAGCAUCCGGCGUCUUUUUGUUGUCAUCUGAUGUCCAGAUCUGCACGAAUCCUGACCUCUCGUGCCUGCUUGAAACCUUCAACAGUUCACUAUUUCGUCCCACAGACGACGAUGACGUAUUAGUUUACAUCCCCACAGAUACCGUCUUUACUCGAGACGAGUACAUAGAGACGCCAGAUGGUGAAAUCAAAGUCUGUUCCUUUAACGAGCAGAAUGGAACUCGCAAUGUAACCCAGACCUUUACUUUCUUCCAGUACUCGCUGCCGCAACAAAUUCUCAACCUCGUGGCGAAUAUUGUCUCGAUGCUGGCUGCAGUCGUCACCUUGGUCACCUUCUGCGUCUUUAAGGAGCUCAGGAAUCGCACCACCGGUCCCAUCAUGAAUUUCACGGCUGCCCUGUUCCUAGCCCAGUUUCUCCUCCUGCUCAGCGGGGCUGCUACCCAGAAUGCAGCCGCCUGUACGCUAGUGGCUCUUCUGGCGCAUUACUUUCUCCUGGUCUCCGUCAUGUGGACUGGGGUACUAGCGUUCAUUUUGAACCGCACGUUCACCGUUUGGCACGUGCAGAGAGGUAAAACGGGCAUUUCACUACCAUCCAUCUCGUUUGCUUGGGGUGUUCCAUUCCUGGUGGCCCUUCCUUGUUUGAUUUUACACCUCUGCCGCUGCACCGACUUUCCCCUUUGGUACGGCAACGAGCAUGUCUGCUGGGUAGGGGACGGAUACGUCAGCAUGGUCGUGGUCGGUGUCCCCAUUGGAUUGGUUGUAUUGACAAACAUCGUCUUGUUUUCCCUUACUGUUUGUGGGAUCAGGAAAACAAAAAGAGAGACGCGCAAUGUACUGGGAAACAAGACCGAAGUGCAGCAAGUCAAGGAAGAAUUGAUUAUUUACAUCAAGAUCGCCACUUUGAUGGGCUUCACGUGGAUCUUUGGCUUCGCAGCAGCCAUUAGUGACGUCAUCGCUCUCUGGUACGUCUUCAUCCUCCUCAACGCCAGCCAAGGCGUGCACAUCUUCCUCUCCUUCAUCUGCAACAAGAAGGUCUGGCGGCUCUGGUUGAAAGCCUUCCAGUCCCGGUGUGGUCGACGGUAUGCAAGGGCUGACGGUGGGUCCAAAGAAGCAUCGAGAAACACAAAGACUCUAGAAAAUGUCAACACUGCUACUACCAAUGUUUAAUUCACGGUUGAAAAGUGUCCCACUCAACAUUCACUUCUCAAUGUAUCCCAUCCUGUCAGUGUAUGGCAUUUUGGAGAUGCGGCUAAUGUACAUGUACAGAUGAAUCCAAACGCUGUACAGUGUACACUCACUGGGCCCCUUCAAUUGAUAAACCAUUGUGCAUGCUAUUGUACAAAGCAACUGUCCCGUGACGGAUUCUCUUAACAACAGCUAGCACAAUGCUUCGGCCAUCGAAGGGGGCCUUCGUGAUAGAAUUAAUAGCGUGCCCGGGUAGGUCUAUAUAAAGUAUGUUAGUUCAAGCGUUCUGCAGUUGUAAGAUUAUACAAGUUGUCGAUCGAAACUGGUCGACCAACUGAGAUAAUAACGCACUCUUCAUAGACUAAUUGUACAGUACUUGGCGUAUAAUUUCGUUUGUUCACACUGUAUAGACAUAACAAAAUUGCAAAUCAAAACCUAUUGACACUUGUAGGAAAAUUACAAGUAUAGGGUAGGGCUGUCAAAAUAGGGUAGGUAGGGUAACCAGAAAGAAUAAAUUUUUCUUCUUGGCCUAAAGAUGAAGAUAUUCUUAUAUUUGUAAGCACAAUACAAUUUUUUUUUUAAAGCAAUCACUCUUUUUGAUCAGUUUUUGUAUGUUUCCUUAAAAAAAUUUCGACUACUUUGUAUUUAUAACUGUUGGUGUAUCAUGGUGCACAAUUUCAUAUUUUUCGUCCAAGAGCUUAAUUGUAUUAAAAGUUCCUUUAAAAAGAAAUAACCAAUGUCCAAAUUCAUAUGAAUUGUGCAACCAGAAGUUGCAAUACCGUGUUAAUGUGAUUGAGUUUUUGUAUGAUGAUUUGGAAUUCCUUCAAAAACAAAUCAUUGUAUUUACUGUGUGUGUUCGUUUCCAGAGGCCUGGUCAUGUUUAAACGGUAAUACCUACCAGGAGCUAAAUAAGGGACAUUAAAUACCUGCAUUUAUAAGAAAAUCUGGGCAGCAAAACAAAUGGUGACCAACAACUUCCACUUGUAAACCUACCAGUGCAUCAAAUUUAUGCACAUUCAAGGGAUCAAAGUUAAAAAAAAAAAAAAAAAAAAAAAAAAAAAAAAUUAUUUAAAAAGCGGUGUGCGUGAAAUCUGUGAUAUUUUUCAUAACUGCUGAUCGCGCAUCUGUUGUAUUUCUCUGCUAUGAAUGAGGAUACCAGAUGAGCACAAUGGAAUUAUGGGAUAUACAUGUAUAUUUUUUUAUUGGCAAAGGCAAACCAGAACUAAUAAUAAUAAGGGUAAUAUUUUAAACAAAAGGUAGACAGUCAUCAAAUGAAAAUAUUUAAAUAUCAAUGAUGAAUUCCAGCAUUCCUUCAAGUUGACAAACUAUUUAAUAGUAAAGAAUACAGAGCAACAUUUACUGGUAUCAAUAUUAAUGGCAAUAAGCCAAGAGAAUCAUUGGUAGAAUCUGGAAUUCCUUUAAUGACAGGAUAAAUCGAAUGAAGGAAUUUUUAAGUAUUUAUUUAUUGAAGAUAAGAAAAUACUUUCAAUUAAAAAAAUACUCCUAAGUUAAGGAAUAAAAUACUUAUUUGUCAACAAAAUCAACAAAUUGCCCCUCUCCUGGCUCAAUUUCAUGGCUUUGAAGAAACCCCGAAGAACUCCUGCUAAUUACAGCAGAAAAUUCCAUCUAAUGACAUAUAAAACAAUUCUCCUUUUGCAAGCAACUUUUGCUUGUACAAAAUGUGCACUAGGGUUGUCCAUUUCCAAAUCAUCUAGUACUCGAUUAUUUGAAACUGCGUUUGACCAAAUAUUCGAAUAUUCGAAAGUCGCCGAUCAAGUUUGCACAUGCCAGCUGCCACUGCGUGCCGCGCCUGUCAAACAUUGCACGCAAAGUGCGCCAGGUGAAAUUUCCGUGCAAUGAUGGGCCGCUGGAAUGGUUUGCAUAACUGUCAAUGGCUUGAGCCUGCGCUAGAAGGAUGAGAACAA